AUGCUGCUAUCAUACAUCAAGUUCUCACCCGCUUUGGGCGCGCUCUCUGCCCUAGGCCAUUGUCUCCCCACGACUACAUCAACGUCGUCUAUCAGCAUUCCUACUCCCACUUACCUAUUCACCGCUGAACUCUACAUCGGUAAUAUCCUCACGCCACCGAUUCCUCUGCUUGAAGGCGGGAGUGUCACCAUUGAGCCAUUGGUCAACGGCACCGUCAAGGGACCUGCCCUUAAUGGCACCAUUUACUCUGGAUUUGCUGCUGCAACCGUCGUGUCCAACAACACCGUCACCGGCAAUAACGUCACUGUCCAAGUCCCUUCCAUCUAUGUCUAUGGCGAGACCAGUGAUGGAUUGCCCUUUUACGUUCAGGAGACUGGUGUAGGGCCCAUAGCAGGCCAGAACACGCGCCUCCAGAUUGCGGUUGGGGGCAAGCAUAGUAGCCUACAGACGGCCUUCAUUAUUGCGCAGCCAAGCAUUAAUAUGGCUCGCACCAAGGUCACGGUGCCGUGUUUCAGCAUACCCUUGGCUCCAGGUAUUGCUUAA